AUGCUAGAAUCCUUGGUGGCAACGCUUCUAAACAGAAUCCUAGGCGACUACGUGGAAAACUUCGACUCAAAACAACUAAACAUAGGCAUCUGGUCCGGCGACAUCAAAUUGAAAAACCUCAAAUUAAAAAACGAUUCCCUAGACCAGUUUCUAAAUCUAAACAACCCAAACAUAAACACCUCCCUCAUCGACAUCAAAUUCGGCUACCUCAACCAACUCACAAUCAACAUCCCCUGGUCAAAUCUAAAAUCAAAACCAGUCAAAUUUCUCAUCGAAAACUUGUUCAUCCUCAUCAACCCAAUCAACUUCAACAACCUCAAUUACUCAGACUAUCUCAAAAGAAACCAAAAUCUAAAACUAAAAAUACUAGAUGACCUAGAAUUCAUAUCCCUAAACAAAAAAAAACUAUCCUCAAAUGAUCAAAACACCACUAAAUCCGAUAACGAAAACGAUAACCUAAAUGAAACUUUCACAGAAUCCCUCAUAAACAAAAUCAUAGACAACCUCCAAGUAACAAUAAAAAAUAUCCACAUCAGAUACGAGGACUCAAAUGACGUCUUCACCAACAUCCCUUACUCAAUAGGUAUCUCCUUAAAUGAACUAUCCGCCGUAUCAACAAAUGAAAACUUUAACCAAUUUUCAAACUUGGCUACAAACAUAAACCUAAACAACCACUUCACAUACAAACUAAUCACCCUAGACAAGCUCUCUUCCUACUGGCUAACGAACUCAAACUCAAUCCAAUUCAAUGACCAUGAUCAAUUAAACAACGAUCAAUUGAUUCAAAAUGGAACCGGUAAAAUAAAACUAAACAAACUAGGUUCAACCGAUAAAAUCCCCUAUAUCACUUCAAACUUACUCUUUGAUGAAUUUUCCAUAAACCUAAACUCAAAUCAGUACUUUGACAUUCUAACAACCCUAACCAACUAUAACUACUACUUGAAAACCUUUAAAUUUAAAAAAAAUAGACCCAAAAACGACAUCACUCCCACAAAUAACCCAAAAGCCUGGCUAUCCUACGUAUUUAACGUCAUAUUAGACGAAAUUCACGAAAAAAACUACAAAUGGUCAUGGCAAUUUUUCAAAAAAAGAAGGGACCAGAGAAUUCACUACAUCGAUCUCUACAAAAUAAAAUUUGAUCACCUUGAUAAAAAUUUAAACUUAAACACUUUACCUCAAAACGUCUUAAAUCAAUUGGACGAUCUAGAAAAAAAUUUAUCUUUAGACGAUAUCAAACUUUAUAGAUCCUUAGCAAGAACUCAAUACAGAAAAGAGAAUCUAAAUAAUUUAAACAACAUCAACUCUUCUCAAGUUUCUUCAAAUAAUCAGAAAACUACAAAUAAUAACAAAAAUAACAACAAAAAUAACAACAAAAAUAACAACAAAAAUAACAACAAAAAUGGCUGGUUUAGUAGUUGGUGGUCCGGUGCUAACUCAAAUCAAAAUAACGACAAUCAGGACUUUAACGAAAAAAAAUUCGUCCUAAGCGACGAACAAAGAAAAGAAUUAUAUGACGCAAUUGAAUACGACGAACAACAACAAAUAAAAGACGCAAUAGAUCUACCCAAAGAUAGAGUCAUCUUAAAAUUAAAUGCCACUCUAAAGAAGGGUUCUUUUAAUAUUCAACAAUUAGCCUGGGAAGGUUGCGAUUUUGAAUUAUCCCAAAGACCAGAUUCCUCCAUAACAAAAUUCUCAAUGAAAGAAUUCAAAGUUGAAGAUCAUCAUAAUGAUCGAUCUCUGUACAAAGAUAUUGUUAGUGUUAAAUCUUUAAUUACAAAUGAACAAAAUAAUGAUACAAAAACUACCGCUCUUGAACCGUUUUUCAAAGUCGCUUUUGAAACAAAACCUUUGGAUGGCACAACUGAUUAUUCUUUAUCAGCAGAAUUAAGAAGUAUGACCAUUUUUUAUAACAUAAAUUUUAUUCUAAGAAUAAUAAAGUUUUUUAAACCUCCAAAACAACAUCUGGAAACUAUAACUGCCAUCAUAAAUGCUGCAGAAUCAACUGUUGAAAAUUUCACCCAGAAAACAAGACUACAGGUCCAGUAUGCUCUAGAAGAACAUAAAACUGUUAAAACAACUCUUAAUUUACAAGCUCCGUUAAUCAUUUUUCCCUUAGAUCCCCAAAAUUGGCAAGCCCCUUGUGCCAUAAUCGAUGCUGGUCACAUUAGUGUUAUUAGCGAUUUAAUCGAUAAUAACAAAAUUGAUGACUUGAAAUCUAAAGCUUCUUCAGAUUAUAACGACGACGAUUUUGAAAUGUUAAAUAAAUUAAUGUAUGACAAAUUUAAUUUAUCUCUUGAGGAAACUCAGAUUUUAAUUGGUUCAUCCGUCAAAUCAACAAUCGAACAAUUGCAAAAUGAUCAAUUGUCCAUUCAAGAAAAGCCUGCUUUGGUAUUGGAUAGGCUAAAUACUGAUUUUUUAGUUCAAAUCUCAAUUAUGCCACAAGAUUAUAAAUUACCAAAAAUAAAAGUGUCAGGUAAAAUGAAAGAGUUCACUGUCAUGAUGUCCGAUUAUCAAUAUAAAAUAAUGAUGCAACUUAUCGAUAAAUCGCUUCCAAAUUUUACAUUAAACGACGAAGAUGAUAACAAUGAUAACCUUGGUGAAAAUAAAAGUAGCACAAAAGUUAAUAUUAUAUCUGAUGAACCUAAUACGUCAAACUCAAACAAUAAUUCCAUAAAUAAACUUGCAGAAAAGCAACACAUUUUUGAUUUUACUUUCAAAGUUGGCAUUAUUAAAUUGUCAUUAAUGAAAUGCUCAAAUGCAUCAACUUUAUCAACCGAUCCUAUCGUGGAUAUUAUUGGUGAAAAUUUUAAAUUGAACUUUACCAAAACAGUUCAUAACAUAUCUGCAGAUAUUGCUUUGAAUAAUAUUGAUGUAAUUGACAGAAUUGAUACAAAUGCAACUGAGUCAUUUAAAAAAAUAAUAUCAUCAAAUAAUUUUGAAUCUACAGAAAAUAUUAGUGUUGAAAAGGACUUAUUUACUGUCAAUUAUCAAAGAUCAUUAAGAAUCGUGGAACUUGAAGGGAAAAAAAUUGAAAUUUUUGAUCAGGAUGUUGAUUUAUAUAUUUCAACCGUUAAAGGGGUUGUUACCAGUAAGUCUCUACUUACCAUCAUGAGUUUCUGCAUAACCACUUUUACUGAUCCAAAUCCUCCUGAAACACCUGCAGACGCUUUAAGACAUAACAGUCCAGAAGACAAGGAGUUUUCCCCACAAAAGAUUAAAGUAAAUAUUGAUUUAGAAAGUAUUAUUUUAGUUUUAAAUGAUGAUGGUAUAAAAUUAGCAACUCUUCAAUUAAGCAAAGGUAAAGUUGAUGUGCUUCUAGUCCCUGAAAAAAUGAAGGUUGAUUUCAAAUUAGGAGCUUUAACACUUCACGACGAAAUAAAUGAGGGAUCUCCAAGAGAUUCAUUUUUGAGAAAAUUAAUCAGCAUUGAGGGUGAUAACUUAGCUGAAAUAACUUAUGAAACAUUUGAUCCCAAAACAAAUAAAAAUAGUUACAAUACUUUGAUUGAUAUUAAAACUGCCUCAGUCAAAUUUAAUUUUGUUGAAAAACCUAUUAACAGGAUUUUAAGCUAUUUAAACCAAUUAUUACAAAUGAAAGCCUUAUUCGAUACUGCUAGGGAUGCUGUCUUUAAUCCUGCCAAUGCUUUGCAAGAAGCAAAUAAAACUCAUUUUGAUAUUUUAAUCAAAACUCCCAUUAUUGUUUUUCCCAAACUAAUUGAUGUUGAGAAUAGAAUCUAUGAUGAUGUCACAGCCUAUUUAGGCGAAAUUUAUAUGGUAAAUGAUUAUGUUUCUAAAGACAAUAGUAUAUUAAAUAUUAUAUCUAUUGGGCUUAGAUCUACCAGUCUAACCUCGUCUUUUCAUUUGGAGGAUUUCACACAAUCCCUAAAAAUUAUUGAUAAAUUGGACAUUUCUUUUAAUCUAGAUAUGGGCGAUAAUGCUAAUGUUGAUUUGAAAAGACCAUCUAUGAUUAUCAACGGUGAAAUGUCCGAUGUUGAGAGUACUUUAACUGAGCUUCAAUUGAAAUACAUGAUGGGGAUAAUUCAAGCCAUUCCUGGUGCAUUCAACUUUGUAACAGACGAAGAAUUUUUGCGUGAAAUUGAAAAUGCUGCUGCAGAUGCUGCGGUGGUAAUUGCUCCAUCAAAAUCGUCCGAAUUGUCACCAAAAGACUCGCAAAUAGCUUCAAAACCAAAAAUUGAAACUUCUGACUUUAAUAAAUCUGAUAAUUCCGUUCCUGAAAUAAAAGUUGAUUUCAACUGGAAAGUUUCUAAGAUUGCUUUAACAAUUUAUAAUGAAACAACCAAUCUCACUGACAUAAGUUCCAAUAAAUUGUCAAGAUUUUCAUUAAAUGACACAGCAGUCAAACUUAGAUUGAAAGAAAAUGGGUCUUUUAAAUCAGACUUUCAUAUAAAAUCAUUUACUGUGGAGGAUGUCCGAAGCACUCGAGAUAAUAAAUUUACCGAAAUUAUUCCAGUUGUAAAUGAUGAAAACUAUCAAUUUAUGGCUUCAUUAUCAUCUAAAGGACAAGAUGGGGACAAAAAAACAAAUAUUAUGUUAACUGUUGAUAAUCCAAGAAUAAUUCUUGCUUUAGAUCAUGUGUUUGCUAUGUAUAAUUACAUAAAAGUUGGAUUGAGCAUUGGAGAAGAAACCCCUGAACUCAACAAAAUUGGAAAUGAUCAAGAAAGUAUAUGUUCAAAAAACAGCGAAAAUAGUAAUAAUUCUUUGAAAAAUAGCAAUCCGGAAACGCCUUCUUUUUCAUAUGUCAUUAAUAUUGUUGAUCCAUCAGUAAUUUUAUUGGCAGAUCCAAAGUCUAUAGACUCUGAAGCAAUUGUUUUUAGCUUGAAACAGUUUGUGUUAUCAAGUCACAAUGUUUCAUCUAUGUCUGCCAACAAUGUUGGAUUAUUUUUAUGUCGUAUGGACAAAUUUAAUGAAAACAGGUUACGUAUUAUUGAUGAUUUUUCUGCAUCAUUUGUGUUAGACUCAAGAGGCUCUACUCCUGAAAAGCUUUUAAGCAAAAUCCAGGUUUCAAUUGAACCAUUAAUAAUGAGAUUGUCGUUGCGAGAUAUCCGUCUUGCGAUAUCAAUUAUGAAUAGAGCAUAUGAAUUAGCAGGGUUUAAUGAAAAACCCCAAAGCGAAAACGAAGAAGUUAUUGAGGAAAAUAACCUUUUGUUUACAAAAGAAUUCAAAAAACGAAUUGCUAAAUACGCUCCUUCAAUCUUGUCUGCAGUUUCUGGGUCAGAUGAAUCUACACAUUCGGUGAAAUCUGAUAUUUCUUCGGAUAUAAUUAGAUUGGAGAGCUUGAAUAGUGAUAUUCAAGGAUUAAGGCUAGUUCUUAUUGGUGAUAUUCAUGAAUUGCCAGUUUUAGACAUGACUGUUAAACCUUUCAGUAUUCUGGCUAAAAAUUGGUCUACUGAUGUAGUGAUUGAAUCACAAAUAGAACCAUUCAUCAACAUUUUUAAUUAUGCGAAAUCUUCGUGGGAGCCAUUAAUUGAUCCAUGGCCUAUCAGAAUACAUGCUUUUCAAUCUACGGAAAAAAAUCAAUUAUCAAAAACUUUUAAUUUUAAUAUAGUUUCAAAAGAACUUUGUGACAUUACCAUAUCUUCUAGAUCCGUUUCUUUACUUUCUCAAAUUUUUAGCUCUUUUUCUAAGACAGAGAAGGUUAGAGCUAAUCGUAUUGAGUCUCCUUAUAGAAUUAUUAAUCAAACGGGAUAUCCUAUAAAUGUGUGGAUUGACUCCAAAAGCAGCAAGUUGAGAAGCAAAUUCACUAAAAUUGAUGUAGAUGAAGAAAUUCCAUGGGAAUUUGAAGAUUGGAGAAGGAUUCGUGAAAAUCUUAGAACUGACAAUCAAAAGGGCGUAUUAGGUGUUGAGUUAAUUGGUUCAUCUUACACUAUUGUUAACGGAAUUUCAGUAGCUGGUGAAGGUGAAGAGGUAUUCACUAUGAGGCCUCCUGUUGAUGGUAUACAUAAUAGAUUAUUGGCAGAAGUUAAACUUGGAGAAGAUUAUAUAAAAACUGUGGUGUUGAGAUCAACAUUGUCAGUUGAAAAUAAUGUUAGCAUAUCAUUCUUUUUAGGUCUAAAAGAACCAAAUGGAGAAAUUAAAGUCAUUUGUUGUUUAAAACCAAACGAAUCACAUUCUGUACCCAUGGAUAAAUGCUAUAGCAAUGAGGUUUAUAUUAGACCUGAUAUUAAUUUGAGCUUUGGUUGGUCGAGAAAUGCAAUAAAUUGGAGAUCAUUGGAAAGAAAACCAAGUUCUUUGUGCUGUUUAUCUUCUGAUAGAACAAAUAACAUUUCUUUUUUUUUCCAGGCAGAAGCACAAUUUGACGAAAAUGAACCAUUGACUAAAAUCUAUCCUCAUAUGAAAGUUAUAAUUUCUGCACCAUUAGAAAUUGAAAACUUGUUACCUUAUGAUUUGCGGUUCAGGAUAUAUAAUAAAACAAUAAAAAAAGAUUGGAUGAUAUUGGUGAAAAAAGGUGCUGAAAGUUCAAUACAUUUAGUUACUUUAGAUAACUUCUUACUUUUAAGUGUAACACCUAUAAGUUGUGGGUUUGAAAGGUCAGAAUUUGUUGUUAUAAACUGUCCUGCUGAUUCAGAUGUUCCAAGAGAAAAUGAGCUACCUCUAAGACAUGAGGAUGGUCAAAAAUUAAAAUUGAAAAUACACUAUACCAAAUCCAAGGCAGGAAGCGGUACAAAAAUUGUGAUCUAUUCUCCAUAUAUCAUUCUUAAUCGCACAGGUCAAAAUCUAAUGCUUAGGGAAAAAAAUAAUGUUAUGAGAUCAGAUAUCUUUUUUAAUACUCAGAAUGGUAAAUCAGAAAAACAAACUGCACCAAAAAUGUUUUCUUUCAAUCAUUUCAAUGCCAAAAAAAACAGAGCAGUACUUAGGGUAGGAAAUUCACAGUGGAGUAGAGAUUUUAGUCUUGAUGCAAUUGGUCAAUAUUAUGAUUUAGCUAUGCCUUUAGAUGAUAAGACCAAAGAAAUAAAUCUUGGAAUUAAUGUAAAAGAAGGAGAAGGCAAGUACAAGUUAUCUAAAGUUGUUACGAUAGCUCCUAGAUUUAUCAUUCAUAAUGUGUUGAAAGAAGAAAUACAGAUAUUGGAAAUCGGAUCAUCUUCAUAUUUUAGGAUUCAGACGGAUGAAUUAACACCGUUAUAUUCUACCAGAUGUACUUCAGAAAAACAUUUGAUGAUAAGAUUUUUAGGACAAGAUUCUAAAUGGUCUUCUCCAUUUUCUAUAAAAGAUGUUGGACAAACAUUCCUUAAAGUUUAUAAGCAUGGUGAAGGUGAUGUUUUGAUCAAAAUCAAUAUUUUUGUUGAGAUGGCUACUGUUUUUAUUGAUAUUUUAGACUCAAAGGGUCGCUGGCCUUUUUCGAUUACAAAUCUUACAGAUAGAGACUUUGUAUUCUAUCAAACUAAUCCGAAUAUAAAUGAAGAUGGUGAAAAUGUGCGAAGUGACAUUCGUUAUGAAAUUAUCACUUACAGGAUUCCGGCCAGAUCAACCAUUCCAUAUGCAUGGGAUUAUCCUUCUGGAAUUGUCAAAGAGAUUGUUUUAUGCUACCAUCAAAGAAAAAGAUACAUUCAACUUGCAGAGAUAGGAAAUUUAAAGCCGAUGAGAUUGCCUGCUUUUAGAGGAAAAUCGGCUACUGUUGUAGAUCUUAACGUGGUAGCAGAUGGACCCACACAAACAUUAAUAAUAUCCAAAUUCAAUCCAGAUGUCAGUAUGUAUCAAUUGGAAAACCAAUCAGAAUCAACAACAUCAUUUGCUAAUGAUAAUUUUAAAACUGUUGAAAAGGAGGAACAUUAUUACAAUAGAGUUAAAUUGUGUUUUGAAGGAGUGGGAAUAUCUUUAAUUAAUACUCGUUUUCAUGAAUUAUGUUAUAUUACAUUUAAAGGCUUGGAGUUGUCCUAUGAUGAGUCUGAGUUGUAUCAAACAUUUACGUAUAAAUUGAAAUGGAUUCAGGUUGAUAAUCAAUUGUAUGGGGGGAUUUUUCCUAUUGUUUUCUAUCCAACAGAAGUUCCACAAUCAGGAAAGGAAGACACACGUUCUACUCUUUCUGGUGCUAUUUCAGUUUUAAAAGAUGAUACUCACGGUGUGUUAAAUAUCAAAUAUGCGACCCUUCAAUUACAAGAAAUGAGUGUUGAGCUUGAUGAGGAUUUCUUGUUUGCACUACUAGACUUUUAUAAGUUUCCAGGUGCCAGCUGGAUAAUUACACAAAAAAAUUUCUUAUGUGAUGAUAUUAUUCAAAUACCUACGAAUCAUGUUUCAACAUCCGGAAUGGAUAUAUAUUUUGAAUUGUUUAAUUUACAACCAACACAAUUGAAUUUAUCAUUUAUGAGAACUGAAAGAAUAAAUAUAGAGGACAAAAGUAGUUCUCAAAAUGCAUUGAUGUUUUUUUUCAAUGUUUUGACAAUGGCUAUUGGAAAUAUCAAUGAUGCCCCAAUAAAGUUAAAUUCGUUACUAAUAGUAAACAUGAAAGUUUCAAUUCCAUUUCUUAUGCAUUAUAUUCAGGCUCACUAUGGACAGCAAUUCAUUUAUCAAAUUCACAAGAUUUUAGGAUCUGCUGAUUUUUUGGGUAAUCCAGUGAGUCUUUUUAAUAACAUCAGUUCUGGUGUGUUGGACAUUUUUUAUGAGCCUUAUAAAGGUUUUCUUAUAAAUGAUAAACCACAAGAAUUGGGUAUUGGAAUUGCGAAAGGAGGUUUAAGUUUUGUUAAGAAAUCAGUUUUUGGUGUUUCAGAUAGUUUUGCAAGAUUUACUGGCUCAAUGGCCAAAGGGUUGUCUGUUGCAACACUUGAUAAGCAAUAUCAGGAACACCGUAGACUUAAUCUUCGUCGUAAUAGACCAAGACAUGCGUUGUAUGGAUUUAAAUCUGGAGCUGAGUCUUUUGUUAAAAGUAUUACUAGUGGCGUUACUGGUGUAGCCUUGGAGCCGAUUAAUGGGGCCAAUAAAGAUGGUGCUCAGGGCUUUUUUAAAGGUGUUGGAAAAGGUUUAAUUGGGCUUCCAACAAAGACUGUAACUGGUAUUCUUGAUCUUGCUUCCAAUGUUAGUGAAGGUAUUCGUAAUACUACUACUGUGUUAGAUAGUGCUGAUUUAGAGAAGGUGCGUUUGCCUAGAUACAUUGAACACAAUGGGGUUAUUAAACCAUAUUCUCCAUGGGAGGCACAAGGACAAUUUUGGUUGAAAAGUAUAAAUGGUGGGAAAUUUAUAAAUGAAAAGUACUUGGCUCACAUAGUUUUAGCAGGUGAAGAAUUGGUGAUCUUGGUCACAUUCAGAUUAAUAAUUCUUGCUUCAAUUAGCGAACUAAAUCGAGAAUGGGUGAUCAAGUAUGAUGACGUGAGGACUAUAGUUAUUGAAAAAACGGGCUUGAGAAUUGGUUUGAAAAAUGGCAAUGGCCCAUUUGUUCCAAUUGCUGAUUCUGCUACUCGACAACGUCUUUACAAAAGAAUUGCAAUUGCUGUAAAUGAAUACAACAAAAAUUGUCAGGUCUUUUUAUAA